AUGGUAGCUUCAAUCAAACUCAGUGACGCUGUGAAGCGUAAGCGCGAUCUGCAAGAUGCGGAAUCCGACAUUGAUAUCAGCAGCACAGACUCAGAAAACGAAUCUGGAAGCGACGAACAGCAGGAGAUCGUUAAUGUGGACUUUGACUUCUUCAAUGUGAACAAAGACGUUGAUUUCCACGCUUUGAAGAAUCUGGUACGUCAGCUUAUGGGUCCUCAAGAGUCCAAUAAGGUGUCGCUCACUGCCUUGGCCGAUCUGAUCUUGGAAUCUCCCACCACCACAAUCAAGACUGACGGCCAAGAGUCCGACCCAUACUGCUUUUUGUCGUUUAUUGACUACAAAUCCCACAAAGACUGCGACUAUGCGCGCUAUUUGAAAAACGUCGACACCAAAAUUGCCGGGUUUCUGCAGACUAUCGACAACUCUAAUAAAAGCUGCUCUCUGGUACUAAGUGAGAGGCUCAUCAACAUGCCCCCAGAGAUCAUUGCCCCCAUUUUCAACAUCACGCUAGAAGACGUCUCCAACAGUCUCGGCAGCGGGAAAAACUACGACUAUUACGUGAUCAUGAGCCGAAAGUUCGAAGUUAGCGUCGAGGUCGACGACGAUGAAAAGCCCGGUCAAGGUCGGAAGCGUGUGAGAACCUCGGAAAUCGACUAUUUCCACGAAGAAGACCGUUUUUUCGAACAAAAUGCCAAGAUACACGCCGAUUCGGAAAGUCGCAAGGGUCUGAUCUCGACUUUCGUGGUGAUUGAUCACUCCUCCUUACUCAAGUCGAUCGAAGAAGUAAAAGCAUUGGUGGAAACCUGGUAA